AUGGAUCUAAACAGCAGCAAGUUUCUCAGAGCAGCGUUUGUCCCGAUGGCCCCAGGUCCACUGUCGGAGCUGGACAUGGACUCGAUGCGCUCAGCGGCGGCCAUGUUGGUUGGGACUCACGACUUCAGCAGCUUCAGAGCCAUAAACUCAGACUUACCGUUCAAAAACCCAGUGAAAACCAUGGACCUGAUCUCCAUUCAGCCCGGAGCCUCCUUCAGCAGCAGCCACUUCCACCGACAUAUUCCUUUCUGCGAGCUGAAGUUCAAAAGCAAAUCCUUCCUUUACAAACAGGUGAGGAGGAUGGUUGGAGCUCUGGUGGCCGUGGGGACGGGCCGUCUGUCUCCUCUGGACCUGGAGAGAGUGAAGGAGGCCCGGGACUCCAGAGCCUUCCCCCAGGGCCUGGCUGCUCCGCCUCAGGGCCUCUUCCUCACCCACGUGGAGUACAGAGACGCGGAUCUACAGCUUCCAACAACGAUAUCCGAAGAUGCACUGUCCACAAACCCAGAUCAGAAUUUGUGA